AUGAUUUGUAAAGAUUACCAGCCUUUCUCAAUAGUCGAGAAUGAAGGUUUCAAAAAUCUUAUGAAAGCAGUUGCUCCUCAAUAUAAAAUACCAAGUAGAACAAGUCUAAGACGAUGGUUGGAUAAUAAAUAUGAGGUUGUUUCAGAAACUUUUAAAAAUAAAUUGUCUUCGAUAGAAAACUUAACCUUGACGACUGAUAUUUGGUCUGAUACAUUAAAUAUGAAAAGUUUUAUAGGCGUAACUGCUCAUUUUGGAAUAGAAAUUGAACUCAUUUCAGUUACUCUCGGCGUGUACGAACUCGAUGAAAGACAUACGUCACAAUAUAUUUCUGAAAUGUUUUUAAAAACUUGUGCAGAAUGGGGUAUUAAAAAAGAUAAUGUGACGGCUGUUGUAACCGAUAAUGCUGCCAAUAUGGUGAAAGCUGUAGAAUUGACGUUUGGUAAGAAGAAACACAUUCCAUGUUUGGCUCAUACGUUAAAUUUGGUGGCUGAGGGCACAAUGGCAUGUACUGAGUGGCAAAUAAUUGUUACUAAAAUUAAAGCAAUUGUGACCUGGUUCAAACAAAGUUGCGUUGCUAGUGACGAAUCGCGCAAAGCUACUUCUACUGAGACUAAACUUAUACAAAGCGUACCGACGCGCUGGAAUAGUACUUACUAG